UCAGAAACACAACAGAGCAGACAGCUGCACAGACGGACUGCCCGCGGUCAUGAACUCAAAACAGCAGGCAACACGUCUGCAAAACAGGCCUGUGUAAAGUGUCUUAACGUACGCGGUGCAGCAUAAUAUCCAAGUAUAAGUGCGUAAUUUGGAAAAAGGUAAUUCAAAAUGUGGAUAACUCCGGAGGAGGUGUUGCUGGCCAACGCUCUGUGGGUGAGCGAAAGGGCGAACCCCUUUUUCAUUCUCCAGCGGAGAAAGGGCCAUGGCAAAGGAGGGGGCAUCACUGGAUUGUUGGUGGGCACCAUGGAUGUGGUCCUGGACUCCAGUGCCAGAGUGGCUCCCUAUAGGAUCCUGCACCAGACAGGGGACUCCCAGAUCUUCUGGAGCAUCGCUUGUGGCUCCUCCCGGAAGGAGAUCACGGGCCAUUGGGAGUGGCUGGAGACCAACCUGCUCCAGACGCUCUCCAUCUUCGACAACGACGAAGACAUCACCACCUUCGUCAAGGGGAAGGUCUCGGGCAUCAUCGCCGAGGAGAACAAGAGCAAAGCGGCCCAGGAUGACGAGGACUCUGGCAAGUUCCGCGAGGCCGAGCAGAAGAUGAGGAAGCUGUUUGGCAUGCCCGGCGAGGAGAAGUUAGUCAACUACUACUCCUGUAGCUACUGGAAGGGCCGUGUGCCCCGCCAGGGCUGGGUCUACCUCAGCGUCAACCACCUCUGCUUCUACUCCUUCCUCCUGGGGAAAGAAGUGACCCUGGUGGUGCAGUGGACGGAAGUGACACGUCUUGAGAAGAACGCCACGCUGGUGUUUCCGGAGAGUGUGCGGGUGAGCACACGGCACACGGAACACUACUUCUCCAUGUUCCUCAACAUAAACGACACCUUCAAGCUCAUGGAGCAGCUGGCCACCAUUGCCAUGCGCCAGCUGCUGGACAACGAGGGCUUCUCCGCCGACCGCACGCUGCCCAAGGCAUGCAAGACGCUCAAGAACGUCUCGGCACUCAAGAGGGACCUGGACGCACGGGCCAAGAACGAACGCUACCGGGCGCUGUUCCGCCUGACCCCGGACGAGCGCCUAGAUGGACACACAGACUGCACGCUGUGGACGCCCUUCGCCAAGAUGCACAUUGUGGGCCAGCUGUUUGUCUCCAACAACUACAUCUGCUUCUGCAGCCGUGAGGAGGACCUCUGUCAGCUCAUCAUCCCCCUCAGAGAGGUGUCCAUUGUGGAGAAGGCAGACAGCAGCAGCGUCUUGCCCUGCCCCGUGUCCAUCAGCACCAAGAACAAGAUGACCUUCCUCUUCGCCAACCUCAAAGACCGCGACUUCCUGGUCCAGCGCAUCUCUGACUUCCUGCAGCGCACACCUGACAAGCUGUGGAGCGACGGCCACCCGCUGGCCCUCAGUGGUUAUUCAGUUUCUCCAAGCCCCAAUACCACCCCACUUUCCUCCAGCCUCCCCACACCCACGGGCGCAGGAGGGGAACCGUCCCAGGGGCGCCACUACAGCCCCAGCCUGCCAACAGCCACACAGGGCCUGCUCCGCAUCUACCAGAAGAACGACCCAGAGGAUCACGGGCCCAAAGCUACCAAGGAGAAAAUGAAAGAGGAGUCGUGGAACAUCCACUUCUUUGAGUUUGGCAGGGGGGUGUGUAUGUACCGUACCUCCAAGACCAGAGAGCUGGUGCUCAAUGGGAUCCCUGAGAGCCUCCGAGGGGAGCUGUGGCUGCUCUUCUCAGGAGCUAAGAAUGAGAUGGCCACCCACCCUGGCUACUAUGCUGAGCUGGUGGAGCAGGCCAUGGGCCGCUGUACCCUGGCCACGGAGGAGAUCGAGAGGGACCUGCACCGCUCCAUGCCCGAGCACCACGCCUUCCAGAAUGAGAUGGGCAUCGCUGCCCUCCGCAGGGUCCUCACCGCCUACGCCUGCCGCAACCCUGGCAUAGGAUACUGCCAGGCGAUGAACAUUGUGACGUCGGUGCUGCUGCUGUACUGUACAGAGGAGGAGGCCUUCUGGCUGUUGGUGGCUCUGUGUGAGAGGAUGCUGCCAGACUACUACAACACCAGGGUUGUGGGUGCUCUCGUUGACCAAGGCGUGUUUGAGGAGCUGACUCGUGAGUGCCUCCCCCUCCUCUACGAGCACAUGCAGGAGCUGGGCGUCAUCUCCACCAUCUCCCUCUCCUGGUUCCUCACGCUGUUUCUCAGCGUCAUGCCUUUCGACAGCGCCGUGCUCCUGGUCGACUGCUUCUUCUACGAGGGCAUCAAGGUCAUCUUCCAGGUGGCACUGGCCGUGCUGCACGCCAACAUGGACACGCUGCUGGGCUGCACCGACGAGGGAGAGGCCAUGACCAUACUCGGACGGUACCUGGACAAUGUUGUCAACAAGCAGACUGUGUCUCCUCCCAUUCCCCACCUCCACGCCCUGUUGACCAGUGGUGAUGAACCACCACCUGAGAUUGACGUGUUCCAGCUCAUCAAGUCAUCCUAUGACAAGUUUGGAAGUCUGCGUGCUGAUGUCAUCGAGCAGAUGAGGUUCAAGCAGAGGUUAAAGGUUAUCCAAUCGCUGGAAGACACUGCCAAGAGGAGUGUGGUGAGGGCCAUCAUGACCGACUCAGCCUUCAGCAUCGAGGAGCUAGAAGAACUCUAUGUUCUCUUCAAGGCCAAGCACAUUAUGAGCUGCUACUGGGGGGCCAGCUGCACGGCGGCAGAGCGCCAUGACCCCAGCCUGCCCUACCUGGAGCAGUACCGCAUCGACCUGGAACAGUUCUGCCAGCUGUUCGGGGCCCUGGGCACCUGGCUGUGUGGCACUCACACCGUCACACUGGCUGCUCGCCACUUCCGCCUGUUGGACAGCAACAAGGACGGCCUCAUCAACUUCAAAGAGUUUGUCACGGGCCUGAGUGGGAUGUACCAUGGAGACAUGACAGAGAAACUGAAGUUACUGUACAAACUUCACCUGCCGCCAGCAUUGUGUCCAGAGGAGGCUGAGUCGGCACUAGAGGCUGCGCAGUUCUUCACUGACGAUGACAGUCCACAGGAAUCUCCCUUCCUGUCUGAUCUGGACUUCCUGGUGCAGGAAGUGACCUCAGGAGAGGAGAUGAAAGAGGCUGGGGAAGCGUCGGGAUGCGGAGAUGCAGAGGAGAAGAAAGAGGUGAAGGACUAUAAGUAUUACCUGAGGAUGUGGGCCAAGGAGAAGGAGCCCAAGAUUGAGACCAUUAAAGAUCUUCCCAGGAUGAACCAGGAGCAGUUCAUAGAGCUGUGUAAAACCCUGUACAACAUGUUCAGCGAGGACCCACUGGAGCAGGAGCUCUACCACGCCAUAGCCACUGUGGCCAGCCUGCUGCUGCGCAUCGGAGAGGUGGGCAAGAAGUUCACCAACAACGGUGCCAAGAAACCAACCGACACCACCUACACCCAGGCUCCCACCCUUUCCGCUGAACUGCCCCAGCCCGAAAAAGAAGAGUCGAAUGGGGAAAGCAGCUCAGGACAGUCCCUGGUCUGCAAGGCUUUGGCGGAGGCCCAGCUGGAAACGCCGCCCCAGCAGACGUCGGAUGAAGAAGUGAAGGAUGACACGUCGGUCUCGUCCUACUCCAUGGUGAGCACGGGUUCGCUACAGUGCGAGGAUAUCGCCGAUGACACAGUCCUAAUUGGCUGCGCCGGCGACCAGCAGCGGCGAGGCAGCACGCUGGACGGCGAUUGGUCCAUCACCUUCGAGCAGGUGCUGGCGUCGAUGCUCACCGAGCCGCCCCUGGUGGACUACUUUGAGAAGAAGGGAGACAUUCAGGUAAGGAUGGCAACCUGUAAGAUGCAAAGGGGGGUGGAGAGGCAGGUGAGCUCGUCAAGCGACCAUGAGUUGGCCCAGCUCUCGACCUGAGCGGACCCACCCAGAACUCAACACUCACUGUAAUUUCUCACCCGUAGGAGAAACCGAUCACUGUCCAACUAGAGUUACCGUCCGGCCUUGCCUCACUCCCGUUUCACAGGGAGCUCUAGACCUGUAUCUCUGUUGUGAUUGUCAUCAUUUUACAGAACUGUGUGUGUAUAGGAAAUAUAUCUAUUGAAACAGUAUUCAGUCUGUAAGCAUAGAGUCUGCCCAACGGUUCUUACCUUGGAUAAAAGCCACAUAACUCUAAACAUUUACAACCUAUUACAUCAACCCUACUACAUUCAGAACCAGAUUCAACCUAAGCCUGUUCCUAGACUAAAAAUCACUUUCAGUAGAGGUUCUCCAUGUCACAUGCUUUCUAGUCCAGGACUAAGCUUAAUAUUUGUCUGGGAAAUUUGCCCUUGAAGUGUAGUGGCUAAUCCAAGGAUGGGAUGUUGUGCAGAGGAACAUUGGUGCAGGAUAUCAGAGUUUUAACGUGUUAGUACUCAACUGUAUUUCUGUCGCUUCUCCAAGCACACUGCGGACCACAAUCUAAGCUGUGGGUAAAAGCCUUCAACUGGAAGACCUAUAUGAGACAUGUAUGACAUAUGAGACAUAUAUACGUUUGUAUCUGUGAAAUCCACAGCCAUCUCAAACUAAAGAAAGAAAGCCUUAAAAAAAAAGACUGAACUAGAUGUUAGAUUUUAGAAACCGCUUGUUUUUGUUUUGUGUAGGUUUUUCUUAGAGAGAACGUUGGGAGAAUGCCUGCGUUACCACUCUGUUCUCUGGCCGGUACUUGCUUCAUUAGUCCCAUUUCAUUCCCAUACACAUUGGUGUGGUUUGGGAGAGUCCUCCCUCCUUCACUAACUAACAAUUAAUCUGCAGCCUUCAGAUAUGCAUGGCGCUUCGCUCAUUUGGUGACUCGCCUGCCAGGACCUGAUUGGACUGUUUUUGUAAUGGUAGGUUGGCAUAUACACAGGGAUAAUUGUAGUGUUGGUAUGUUGGGGAGGGACCUCUUGAGGCUAAAAUCUGCAGAGUUGGAGCAUCACAACAAACAGCAUUGUUUUCAUUGAAUGCCCUUCUUGAAUUUUUGACCUGCAUAUCAAACAAGGCAGUAUCUCUUCCCUGUAGUUCAAAGCAGACACUCAGGGGGGCGCUAUGUGUCAUUCAUCAAAUGACCUCAAAUAUUAUUUUACCCAAAGAAUUACAAUAGUGUUUCAUUAGUUAUUUGUCCUAGCUGUGAGUCGGUUGUAUCUUUUGUAUUCGGGGCGGAGUUAAAUUGACCAUCUGUAAGUGGUCAAUGGUUACCCCGGAAAUGCACUGCUUCUGUCGUUUCAGAAUAGCAGUAAGGAAACAUUUCCUGCAAGCAAAUACUAUUUUAACAGAUUCCCAUUAAAUUUCAGUCUCGAGACACUUGCUAAAACGCCAUGUAAUGCUUUUCCUUCAAGCCAAUAGGGGUCCCAACUUUGAAUUACUGCAUAUCAUUUUCAUAUCUUCUAUCAUUCAAAGCUUUUAAGUGUAUUAGAUGUUUCUUGAUAAAAAUAUAGCCUCAAAUUGGUCUCAUGUUAUGAAGGAAUUGAGAAAACCGUGUUACUGUCCUCCUGAAUAUUCAUAACCUUGUUUUAACAGAGAUAAGCCUCAUACACAGUAUUUGACUACACACCCACAUUGGUCACAAACAUAGAUAUUUUGCAGUCUUCAUGUCUACUUUUGUCAACAGCUAUUUUUUAUGUUUGGCAAGAAAAAUUUUCUUUUCAAGAAUCAGUUGUCUUUUAAUCCAUUCACCCCCCCCCCCCCCUCAGAUUGAGAAACACUAGAGAAGUAGGAGUUAGGGAUUGUUGUACAAGGCUAUAGGCUCCUCAGUUUUAGUUUCCAUUGUGGUUAUACAGACGGGUCUGAGAUCAGUGGAGAAAUGUGCUGGCACUGCUCAAUACUGGUCUCCGAACUGUUCUUCUAUGACACUAAAACCAGACUUAAAAGGUUGUCUGGCUGGUCCUUUGUUCAUAACUCAACAACAGUCCAGCAUUGCCCAAGGAAUUUGCUUGCAGCAUUACAUACCAAGUUUAUUGGCACUUUGUAAGAUAAAUUUAACUUGGGGUAUAAAACUAUCAGUGUUAUUUGCGCUCAGCCCCAAAGUCCCAGUUAAUCAAAUUGUAUGUAGAUUAUUUUAUGUUGGCACACACAACCUCUCACACUUUGUAUAUUCUUUGCUUUUCAUCUGCAUAUGUUUCUUAUAUCUAAUGAAAAUGACUAAUUUUACAUUUACUUUCUAAAUGUGAAAACAAAGAACAAGGAAGCAGUUUUGCAUCUUUUGGGGUUCUGGGAUAGCCUAUGUGGCUGUUAAAUCUGUUUAUCCACCUAUAGAUAUGUCAUUAAUGUAUCCAUGUAACGGAUGUGUUUAUUCACAGACUUGCAUUUUAAAUUGUAUUUGAUCAGUACUGUACUAUAUUGUGUAAUAAAUUAAAAUACUGAAUGAAAUAACUUGAUGGUUUUAUUUAAUAGGACAGGCUUACACCCUUUGGGU